UACACGCAACAAUGGGCAAGAUGAGAGCUUUCAAAAAAGAAUUCUCAUUCGAGGAACGCUCUAAAGAAUCACGAGAUAUCCUUUCCAAAUAUCCCGAUCGAGUGCCCGUAGUAGUUGAAAAAUAUUCAAGGACUGACCUUCCUCAUAUGGAAAAGAAAAAAUACCUGGUCCCGCGAGAUAUGUCUAUUGGGCAAUUCAUACACAUUUUAAGCUUUAGGCUCCAUCUGACUCCUGGGAAAGCUCUCUUUGUGUUUGUGAAAAAUACAUUACCUCAAACAGGCAGUCUCAUGGAAUCUGUUUAUCAAUCUUUCAAGGAUGAAGAUGGGUUUCUAUACAUGUCUUACAGUAGUGAGAAAACCUUUGGUUAAAAAACUGCAGAUACUGUGUAUACCAAGCACAAACUUGGACAGUGUAUAUUGUUGUAAAAUCCCUGUGAUCCCCUUGUUCUCAAUGCUAUCUGAGCUAUGCAACUUGAUUCUUUAUUCA